AUGGGACCUCUCACUUCACUUAUUCUUUCUCUCUUCCUAUUCUGUUCCUUCUCAUUAACACACUCUCGAACCACACCCCAGGGACCCAAAACGACAGUGCUCGACGUCGCUUCCUCACUUCAAAACGCACACAAAGUCCUCACAUUGAACCACCAACUACGACACCACCAACAACUUUCGCUAUCGUCGUUUACCCUUCAACUGCAUUCUCGAGUUUCCAUUCAAAAACCCUCAAACACUGACUACAAGUCCCUGACCCUAUUGCGACUCGAGCGUGACUCAGCCCGAGUCAGGUCCUUGCAAACUCGCCUGGAUCUAGCGUUAAAGCGCAUCUCCGAAUCGGACCUUCACCCAGCCGAGUCAGGGAACGAGUUCCAAUCUGAAGAACUACAAGGACCUAUCGUUUCUGGAACGAGUCAGGGAAGCGGCGAGUACUUCCUCCGACUCGGAAUCGGAAAACCGCCGUCUCCGGCAUACGUCGUUCUCGACACCGGCAGCGACGUCAGCUGGAUCCAGUGCGCUCCCUGCGCCGACUGCUACCAGCAAUCCGACCCGAUUUUCGACCCGAAUUCGUCUGAUUCGUACUCUCCGAUCCACUGCGACGCGCCGCAGUGUAAGUCACUGGACCUCUCCGAGUGCCGCAACGGGACCUGCCUCUACGAGGUUUCUUACGGCGACGGAUCUUACACCGUCGGCGAGUUCGCGACGGAGACUGUGUCUUUUGGUUCGGCUUCGGUCGACGGCGUCGCCAUCGGCUGUGGCCACAACAACGAAGGAUUGUUCGUUGGCGCCGCCGGCUUGCUAGGACUCGGCGGUGGCUCGCUUUCGUUCCCUGCUCAGCUCAAUGCCACAUCAUUCUCCUACUGUCUUGUGGACCGCGACUCUGACUCGGCCUCGACGCUCGAGUUUGACUCGCCGUUACCGCGUAACACCGUCUCCGCGCCGUUACGGCGGAAUCCUCAGCUGGACACGUUUUACUAUCUCGGCAUGACGGGACUCAGCGUCGGCGGGGAGUUGCUUCCGAUUCCUGAGACGAGUUUUGCUGUUGACUCCGGUGGUGGCGGCGGGAUUAUUGUUGAUUCCGGAACGGCCGUGACUCGGUUGAGGAGCGAGGUGUACGACGAACUCCGUGAUGCGUUUGUUAGGGGAACGCGAGGGCUCCCGGCGGCAAACGGUGUGUCGUUGUUUGACACGUGCUACGACCUGUCAUCGAGGUCUAGCGUGGAGGUUCCGACGGUGUCGUUUCACUUUCCCGACGGUAAGGAGUUACCGUUACCGGCGAAGAAUUACCUGAUACCGGUUGACUCGGUGGGGACAUUUUGUUUCGCUUUCGCGCCCACGACGUCUUCGUUGUCAAUCAUUGGGAACGUGCAGCAGCAGGGGACACGUGUCGGUUUCGAUAUCGCUAACUCACUCAUAGGAUUCUCUUCCAAUAGCUGCUAAGC